AUGGGUUUUGAAUUCCUUAUACAUGAGUUCCUUUCUGCUCUUCAUGAUCUUCGCACUUUCUUGGACUCGGUGUCACAAACGUGCUACACCCAGUUUUGCCAAAAGGUCCAAGUGCAUCUUGACUCCUUUGUCCAAUCAUCAUGGCUGUCGUGGUGCGAGGAAUUGAUCUCGCCCAAGUGGGCUGCUGCCUUCUCGAUGACCAUGGAACUGAGCCCUCCUCCGGUGACUGAAGCUUCCGUGCAUACUCCUUUCGAUACUGGGAAGGUCGUGGCCUCCAACUCUCUGACCACUUCCACCGGUGCCGACAACUCCCUUCUAGCUGCCUUUCUGGCACCUUCCUCCGUGGUAGCUGCUCCUGUUGUGGCUGUGGCUGCUCAAGGUGUUCCCAUUCCAAAGUUUGAGUUCCAGGCUCGUGCAGCCAACCCGGUUGCUAUCGACCCUCCUUCCGACUCCGAUACUGUGGCCAUGGAGGUCGACAUUCCACUUGCUACCGUGGUCGCCCAACCCCCUUCUGUAUCAGUCUCUGAGAUCAUCGAGCUCUCCAGCAAUGAUGAGGAUGACAGUGACAGUGAUGAGGUCGAGUUCAUUGGUGGCACGAUUCCCAACUUGUCUCCAGUGCAUUCGAAGAAGGGCAAGGGUCGCGGUCGCAAGUCCAUCAAAGCUUCCAGAAUGACUACGACCUCAGAGGACCAGUAUGUGCGCAUGCCUGUGCACACCUUUCGUGAUCGCUCCCUCCCCCCAGAGUAUCUUCUGGCUUGGCAGAAGCCAUCUAUUGCUUGCUUGAAGGACUGGCCCCUGCCCAAGAUGCUGGAUGCUUCUGUGAUUGCGAAGGCUUCCAGUCACCAGGGUGACUAUGACGAGCAGAUGUGUGAUGUGAACACUGCUGGCAGCAAUUACACUGCAGAGCUCGAGCUUCCGCUGGACACACCGAUUGAUGAAUAUGAGACUGCGAUUGCUCUGACCCCAUGCCUUUGUCUGGCCCAUACCUUACCCGAGAUGCCUGAGCCUGAUGUUGAGUCUGACACUGAAGGUGCACCUGAGGUUGUGACCGUCAAGCAAGAGAAGGACACCGCCAGGCCUUCUCGUUGUAAGCUGGCAAUUCCUCCGCCGCUGCGUGGUCAUUUCGACAGGCCUCCCAAGUGUCCUCGCUUUGACGACUCUGACCUGGAUGACAUCAUGACACAGCACUUCCAUGCUGGCACCAUCGUUGUCCUGUCGAUCAAGGUCCUCAAGCUGCACUCAUUGAAAGGCAAAGCUCAUGCAAAGGGUUCCUCCAAGAACGUGGCCAUGAAGUCAGAACUGACUCGCACUUUGCCAGCCACCAUCGAGCCUUCUGUGGCCAGUACACAACUCGAGCAGAUGAUUGAGCUCUCACAGCAGCUUCUCAUGGAGAAUUGCGCCUUGAGGGCUCACAAGUCAUCAUAUCAUCGGUGCGCUGGGCUUGGGCUGGGGUGA